UCCUCUGUCCCGUGACUUGUUUAAAACCAUACAGUCUGAGUCUAUGGUUUAAACAAAUUGAGAGGCAGGCGGUACAGUCCCAGCCGUGCUGCAGCAUGAAGAAUACGCGAUCAUAACCUCUCGGUUCAUCGUUACAUAAUAGAUUUAUGUUUUCAUUAGGUCUUGCUGUCUGUUGUUCAUAUUAAGAUCCACAGCGCGCUCUUCAUCCGUCAUGUCCCGAGGGUUUGAUCACGAGAUCUGACGCUGCAACGAAAACUUUCUACCUGCGAAGCUUUAAAGAAACAAAACCAACUCGACAAGAUGCUGUGAUGAAACAUAUCGGUUUCAGGACAUCCUGCAUCCACAUUGUCAAAACGAGUAGUUUGGUUCCCUUGUGGUUUGUUUAGUUUCUUCCUGAAAGCGGAAGUUGCAUACCGCUCUCAGAUUGGCGUCGCCCCAGUUGUUCAUAAGGAUAGGUUCCUCUUUUUUUUUUUUCAGACCAUGGCAAACGAGCAUUCCCCUCUUCUUGUUCAUGGGGUGUACAGCAUGAUGGGUGAUGCUGAAGAUUCCAGGGGUGGCUCAGCAGUGACAGGACAAGUAUCCCCCGAAUCAAACCCCCGCAAACUCAACACCUUCUUUGGCGUCAUGGUGCCCACCAUCCUCUCCAUGUUCAGUAUUGUGCUCUUUCUUCGCACAGGUUUUGUAGUGGGUCAUGCCGGUCUUCUCCAUGGUCUCCUCAUGCUGUUUGUGGCCUACUUCAUCAUCUCGUUGACAAUCCUGUCUAUAUGUGCUAUUUCAACUAAUGGAGCAGUGGAAGGGGGCGGGGCCUACUUCAUGAUCAGUCGUUCUCUGGGACCAGAGUUUGGAGGAAGUAUUGGCCUGAUGUUUUACUUGGCGAAGGUAUGUGCAUGUGGCGUUUAUGUACUCGGCCUGGUGGAGGCCAUACUGGACGUCUUUGGGAGGGAUCCAGGCUCUGCUGGGUCACAAGGGCUGCGUGUGUUGCCGCAGGGUUACUGGUACACUGUGUUGUACUCCUCUCUUGUGCUGUUGCUAUGUCUGGUGGUGUGUCUGGUUGGUGCUCAUAUCUACGCCAAAGCCUCUUUCAUCAUUCUGCUUGUGGUGACGAUGUCACUGAUCUCUAUCGUCAUCAGCCCCCUGAUAGUCAGUCCACAACGCUUCAACAUCACACACACAUACGGCAACAACCACACGGUCACCGUCAACCCCAGCUACACAGGAUUCAAUGGCACUACAUUAAAAAACAACCUCGGACCGCAGUACUCUCUGGACUACAGUACCAACACAAUGAUGUCUUUCGCCACUGUUUUUGCUGUGAUGUUCACCAGCUGCACAGGCAUCAUGGCAGGAGCCAACAUGUCGGGUGAGCUGAAGAACCCCAGUGAGGCGAUACCUAAAGGGACCAUCAUAGCUGUGUCAUACACCUUCACUGUUUAUCUGCUUCUCUUCUUGCUCCUGAGCUCUACCUGUGACAGGUUGUUGUUAAUCAAUGAUUACGCAGUGUUUCAGCGGGUGAGCGUGUGGCCUCCGUUCGUGACGAUUGGGGUGUACUGUGCAUCUCUCUCAGCUGCUAUGUGCUCCAUGAUAGGAGCUUCUCGAAUCCUCCAUGCGCUUGCUCUGGACCAGCUUUUUGGUCUUCCUCUGGCUCCGGCCGCUGUAACCUCCAGCUCUGGGAACCCGUGGGUGUCUGUGCUCUACACCUGGGGUCUGGUGCAGUGUACACUGUUUGCAGGACAACUGAAUGUGAUUGCUGGUAUUGUCACAGUGUUUUACCUGUUAGCGUAUGCGGCGGUUGAUUUGGCUUGUCUGGCUCUGGAAUGGGCCUCUGCUCCAAACUUCAGGCCAACGUUUCAGUUUUUCUCAUGGCACACAUGUUUGUUGGGUAUUAUAAGCUGUGUGGUAAUGAUGUUCGUGAUAAACCCAGUGUAUUCCUCAGCCAGUAUUGCACUGCUGCUGCUCCUCCUCCUGUUCCUGCACUACCGCUCUCCCACCAGCAGCUGGGGCUACAUCAGCCAAGCGCUGAUCUUCCAUCAGGUGAGGAAGUACCUUCUGAUGUUAGACUCCCGUAAGGAUCAUGUAAAGUUCUGGCGGCCUCAGGUCUUACUGAUGGUGGCGAACCCACGCUCCUCCUGUCAGCUCAUCUGCUUUGUCAACCAGCUAAAGAAAGGAGGGCUGUUUGUUCUUGGGCAUGUGCAGAUUGGAGAUCUGGAUGUGUUGCCAGCAGACCCGGUGCAGCCGCAGUAUAAUUUCUGGUUGAGUCUAGUGGAUAAGUUGGGUGUGAAGGCCUUUGUGGAUCUGACUCUCUCUCCGUCUGUCAGGCAGGGCACUCAGCAUCUGCUCCGCAUCACUGGUCUAGGAGGCAUGAAGCCUAAUACCCUGGUCUUGGGCUUCUAUGACAACUGCUAUCCAGAGGACUACUUCCUGCAGGACCCUGUCUUUUGCAAGGGUGAUAGGGGUGAGGGGGAUAAUUUUGGGGUGGACCUGCCAUCCUUACAGGCUCACUUUCCACCCGUGCGCCAUGCCGAGAGCCCUCGCGCUCUGCAGCCUGAGGAGUACGUGAGCAUCAUCUGUGAUGCCAUAAAAAUGGGCAAGAACGUUUGUUUAGGCCGCUACUUUUUCCAGUUGCCGCCUGAGAGCAAAGGCAGGGGAAAUGACAAUGUGGACACCAUUGACGUGUGGCCGACUAACCUACUGUCUCCAGGCAGUGCAAGUUACGCAGACGUGUCCAGUCUUUUCCUGCUUCAGAUGGCGUGCGUGUUAAACAUGGCCAACAGGUGGCGCCGUGCCAGGUUACGCAUAUUUGUCUGUGUGGCAUCAGGGUCAGGAGACCAGGGCUGGCUGGCCAAUGAGGAGCAGUUUAGAGAGUUGCUGGGAAUGCUUAGGAUUCGUGCCGCUAUUAAGAUCGUGGCGUGUGAUAACGUGCCAUGCAUGUUUAGAGGGCCAAAUUCAGAGGGUCAAAAAGUGCCAGAGGAUUUCUUGUGUACCAUGAACGGCUUGCUGAGGGAACACAGCUCUACGGCAGCAGUCCGCUUCCUGUAUUUGCCCCACCCUCCCUCCAGUUCUGAGCUUUCACAGCAGUACCUGACGCAGCUGGAUACGCUGACGCGAGACCUGGGCCCGACUCUCUUGAUUCACGGGGUCACACCGGUCACAUGUACUGAACUCUGAGAAACAAUAACCAAAACAUGUUUGUGUGAUGAGUGGAAUACAGGUGUAUUUGAUUCCUAAUAUUCUCAAAGGGCAGAUGAUUUUGAGGACCAUAUAUCAUAAACUGGGGAAUUAUUUCCUCUUGGUAAAAAUGUUAUUUAAAAACAUAUGGAUGGAGUUGGUGUCAUUGGUGAAAACUGCUUUUUUGGGUUUAUGUGUAAAUACUACCAAAUCAUGAUGUAGUGAACAGUUAUUUUUGAGUUCUCCAUGUGCCUCCAUCUGUUCUCAUUAACAGUACGUUUAGAGUUUGUGGAAAGUGAGUGCUUGCAUAUCCUGUGAUCCAUGUUUAUGUGUUUGAUCCAUGUUUAUGUGUUUGUGCAAGAUGCAAUAUGGAAAAAACUAGGUUUGACUAAUUAGGAUGGAAAGAGUUUGCCUUAAAAGAGAUGUGGUUACAGUUGCACUGUAAUAGGGAAAGGUUAAUGUGUAUUUGCUUUUUGUUAUUGUAAUGCACUUUUGGAAAAUUGUGUUAAUCAUUUCUGCUUUUUCUUGGUAUAAAACAGUUUGAAUCCCUUGUGACCCAGUUACAGCUUGUGAGCCAUUGAGGAGCCCUUGUGGAUUUGUUGGUGUCAUGGAAGAACUUUGAUUGAAUUUCUGCAUUCAUAGUUUAUUUACUGUCAUUUGAGCAAUUAUAUAGACAUGUUAUUUAUUAUUACAUUUGUGUGUGUGUGUGUGUAUGAGAAUGUAAGUCUUCUUGAGCAUCUGUUUUCAUUAGUAAUUCUGGAUUUCAUAUUGUGGACUUCAAGAAAUUCCCCUGACCAUUUGCAUUACCUUUUUGCACCCUGUUGAUUUUGUGUG